AUGGUGAACACCAGACCUAGAACCAAGAAAACCCGGAACCAGUCAGGAGCUUUGAUAGCUUCCAACGAUGAUCUUUUAAUAGAAAUCCUUCUCCGGCUUCCUCUUACCUCUGUUCUUCGAUUCAAAUCUGUAUCCAAAAACUGGAGUUCCCUUUUGAGUCGACAACCUUUCACCCUCCUGUAUAAAAAUGUUUCCAUCUCUCCUGGAUUUUAUGUUCGCAAUAUGUAUAUUCCAUUUGAUGUUGAGAACCAAAUUGCUCUUCCUAUUUGUAAUCUCGACAUCCAUCCUCAUCCAUGCAGUAUUAGAAUAGUGCAAUCUUGUAAUGGAUUACUUCUUUGCUGUAGCAAGCAUGGGAUCCAGGGUGAACGUAAAUAUUCUGUACUCAAUCCUACAACCAGGCAGAUUGCACUUAUCCCAUCUGUUCUUGGAGGCAGGAAAGUCCAUAAAAAUAUCCGUUUUAUGGGUCUGGCCUUUCAUCAAACAGAAUGUGUUGACUACAAAGUUGUUUGCUUUCAUCGUGCUAAGCCUGAUGAGGAUAUGUUUCGGAUUCAAAUCUACUCGUCGGAGACAAGGAGAUGGAAGAUUUCAGAUGAAUCUUUUUCUUUCUCUGCACCUUAUUAUGAAUCCUUAGGCUCUGGAGUUUAUUGGAAUCAAGCACUUUACUGGGCUCCCUUCUCUAUUAAUCCAUUGUACUUUAAGAUCGAUACAGAAGAAUUGCAAUCGCUGUCAUUUCCGGUUGAGGUGGCAGUGGAAUCUUUGGGAGAUAGUCCACACGGAGCAAUGCCCCUUUACUUUGGGGGGUCACGAGGCCAUCUGCAUUUGGUGUUGAAGGCCAAUCGCAGUGAGACCCAUUUGCAUCUGAAUGUGUACGAGAUGUUAAACGAUCGUUCAGGGUGGUUUGUUAAGUAUCGAGUGGAUCUUGAUGAGCUUCUGAAUUCUUACCCUGAGAUCAGUACAUGUUUUUAUGAAUUUCAGUUGUUAGAUGUGGUGAGAGGUGAAGAAGAAGAUGAAACAUUCAUGGUGAUCAGGAUUCCAGGGAAUAAUAUUAUAAGGUAUGAUGUUGCCAACAAGAGUGGUAAGCAGAUAUAUGAUCUGAGCUCCUUUAUCGAUGGACCAAUUAAUCAUGCGGAAGUUCAUCGUUAUAUUGAAACCAUAGUUUCCGUGUAA